GUUCCUGCAAAAUUGUCCAUCUGCGGGCAAAAAACUCCAAGCUCGCAAGUCCCAACCUCCCGUGAGGGCGCGGAGCUCACGGCGCCAUGCAUGGCGCCACGUACACGGGUACUGGUCCUCCUCCUCCAUCCCCACACCAACCUCCACUAACCCUUGAAGCCGCGCCGCAUUAACGCAUCGCGCAACUGCUUCUGACGCGAGGAAAGAAGCUCGCUUUCGCGUCUCGCAGCCCAGCGAUCGAUCCGGCUCCGGCCAUGGUGAAGCUAGCCACCGCCAGGGAGGCGCGCAUGUACGGGCCGGCGCUAGCGGUGCGGCGGUGGGAGUACAUCAACGCGGGGUUGUACGUGUUCGCUGCGCUGCUCCUGGUGGCGGGCCUCGCGGCGCUGUCCGCGGGCGGAGCGGCCAGGGCGGGGCUCGCCGUGGCCGCCGUGGCGCUGGCGGUCGUCGCCGCCGUGAACGCGCAUGACCUCGCGGCGCACCUCGCCGGCGUCGACUGGCGUGUGGGGCUGGCAAGGUACGAUGUCCAGCUCGGGCUCGUCGAGCUCCUCGUGCCAGCGCUGCACGCCGCGGGGUGCGUUCUUGGCGUCGUCGGCGUUUUCUUGCUGGUCUCCCAGAGCGAGGGAGCAGGGUACAGCUACGGUAAGGAGAAGCACGCGGCGAACAUGCUGCUGGCCGCGGCGCUGCUGUGGCUGCUGGGCUCGGUGCUCAACUCGUGCCAGGUCUACGAGCGCGCCGACGGCCGGGCGCAGCUGCUGCAGUCGAGCGUGCAGGUGCCCAUGCUCCUGGGGAGCCUGCUCUUCCUGGUCGCCGCGGUCCUGAACCUGCGCCGUGAACCGGACCUAGUGGGCCGGAGCUGGGUGUGGCUGUGCCUGUUGGGGAGCGUGCUGUGGCUGGCGGGGGCGCUGUUCAACGUGCUCAAGGUGUUCAUGAUGCACCAGAGCGACGCGCUGCGGCUGGAGAAGCUGCGCGGCGGCGCGCAGGAGCGGCUCAGCCGGGACCGCGAGGGCCGCGUUCCGCUCAACUGGGAGGAGGCCGCCCGGAGGAGGGCGCUGCACUCCGAGCUCCGGUGAGCCGAGCGCCACAGCCCACCCGUCGCAGAGCAAAAAAUAAUCCGUGCUGUAAAAAGCAAGAGGGGCAAAAACAAGUGCCAAAUAAAUUGUUUGGGCCCGUGUUAGGAUGCAGUGUCGGCCUUUUUGCUGAACUCGUAGACCUGUGUAAUUUGUAGCCCAUCCAGGUUCAAGAAAUCUUAUUUAGAGGAGGUUC